AUGCCGCGAAGAAUGCCCAAUCCGUUAAAUGGCGUGGACGACCUGAAGGAUAACUUCAUGGUAACCAACAUCAUAGAGACAUAUCGAAAGCAUAAAAAGAGAACUGCACUUCUCGCGGAAAUCAAAUGUAAAGAAUGCGACUUUAAAAUGUGCCCUGGAUGCAUAGGACAGCAUGACAGUGACCUGAGUACAAAUGCCCACGACCUCUAUGGACUUUGUCCAACUCAUGGCAAAGGACUACUGUUCUUCUGUAGCCCUUGUAAAGAAGCUGUCUGCAGUGGCUGCAGAAUAUCUGAUCACAAGCAGGGUGACCACCACUUGAUACCAAUCCGUCAAGUGGUUCGUGCUCUAAUGUCAUGCAUUCAGGCAUCUUUCACUGAACUUGAAGACGCGAAUAUGCCUCGAGUUGGAGAGCAUGAAACGAAACUGUCGCAGCUGCGUGAUAUCGUCCAGCAACAGUCGACUUCCGCUGAAAAGCAAGCGACUGUCUGUACCGAAAAAAACAUAGCUAAGAAUAGGGAAGACAUCCGGGAUCACCAGGCAAAGAGUCAAAAGAUACAAAAGAAAUCGGCGGUGUCCGGUAGUUUUCCGAUUGAAGCAUCUACCUGA